CGGCAACGCCCCCAAAUAGAGUAAAGGGGCGGAGCUGGAUGGCACCCGGCGAAGAGACGAUUCCGGAAACGGAGGACAUUUGUGGCGUUCUUAGCACUGUCAUAAACUGCGGGGAUGAAUAUUCUUCCCAAGAAGUCGUGGCACGUCCGGAACAAGGACAAUGUGGCUCGCGUGCGACGGGACGAAGCGGAGGCUGAAGCUCAGCGGCGAAAGAGGGAGGCCCGAGUCCUGCUGGCUGAACAGGAGGCCCGGACUGAAUUCUUACGGAAGAAAGCACGUCUGUCAGCUCCAGGAGGUGAUGAGAGCGGCUCAGACCUUGUUUCUUUGGGUUCAGAAAAACCCUCAGAACAUCUUAACCUCUUUCAGGGGUUGCAAGAGAGUGGCAACAAAGAAUAUGAGGAGGAGAAGAGGCAGGAGAAGGAGCGAAAGGAAAAAGCUAUGGGUAUCCUCACUUACCUGGGCCAAAGUGCAGCACAGUCUCAGACAAGUUGUCCCUGGUACCAGGAGCUGCCGGAUCGUAGUAAAACCGUUGCCAAGGAUGAGAAGCUUAAGGGGAAGUUGGACCCCCUGGCUGUGAUGGGAAAAUACUUACAUAAGAAGAAAUGCUCUCAUAAAAAGGAAGAAAAUAAAGAAAAAGGAAAGUGGAGGCAAAAAGAAAGCAAAGGAAACCUGGCAGCUAGGCCUCCAUCUUCUUCUACGUCACGGUCUCUAGAACAGCUGCGCCAGGAAAGGUUGCACCGUGAACAGGCAGAACGAGCUCGUACAGAAUCUCUUCUUGCCCAGAAAUCUGGAAUGCGUCCAGUCAGGGAGGAAGAAGAGGAAAUGGAUGAAAGGAAACGUGGCUACAACUCACAGUUCAACCCCCAGCUGGCAAGAAAGAGAGUAGUGAAAGACAGCAGAAUUGAGUGGGUGUAGAGAAAGUGUGAAAUCUGGUUAGUCAAACCCAAUUUUCUUCAGCUGUUAACCAAGCAAAAUAGUAUUGUUCAGUGCAAAGUACUUUAUGGAAUUCCUGGCCUGCAAAAUCAGGCUGAAAAUGACUUGUCAUAUGGCUUCUAGGACAACUUUUACUCAGUUACAACUAUCAUUUCUCAGAACACAACUUUGAGCCAAAGUUGGGAAAUCAGCCAAGCAAAUCUGUUUUUGCUCUUUGCCUUGGAUUGCCAAAAAGAAAAAUUGCACAAAUUUGGGUUGAUAAAGGAUACUAUUUCCUGCCUGUUAACCUGCUCCAGUAACUUACCUGCCUUAUUCUUUAUAGCCUUCCUGAAGGAAAAUAAAACUUGCAGCUUCUCUAGGGCCCCACAUGGACAAUUCUGAACUUCAUUUCCAUGGACCCUUCAGUAGUAGCAGCACAAAUCCUUCUCAUGAAGCAUGGAGAGAAUUGAUGCAGUGCCAUGUACACCUGUGCCAAGGGAUGGACCAAGGUACUAGUUGUCAAAAGCGUUCACAAAAGGUAUUUUUCGUAUAAACCUGGGAUACGCCUGAGAAAAGUUCCUCAAGAAUGAAUGUUGGGGUGGAAGAUCUUGGAGGUGGUGAGGGGGUCAUUCUUCAUUACUUGUUCACGGUCCAUUUAGUUACUUGACAAAAUUAGUAUUGCUAGUCUCCUUGCUGUUAUAAUUCAGUGCUCCAUCCUUGCAUGUGAUCUACCACUAGAGAAAUGAGCAUGAGGAGGAUUUUGGCCUGCUUUCUCCUUGUAAUAAGGGCAGAGACAAUUGUUACAAUAUUAUAUUAUCUAGACUGUGUAAGACUACAGUACAUCAUGUUAAUGCAGGCCCAGUGGCGUAGGAAACGAUAUCAUGUGCUAAUUUGCUAAGUUAUGUAAAAACAAGGUUGCGUGGAUUGCCCAUCUUUUAGGACUGUGCGAAAGACCAGAUCUUACAAGGACACCUCCAAAACAACCGUGUGGUUUUGCUUUGUUUAUUCCAUUGAGAGACAUUAAGAUUGGUUUGUAAGUCAUGACUUAACGCUUAGCACACUAUGUACACAGUCAUGAUUUAGUUUGCAGGUUACUGCAGGAUUCUUCCAGAUGAUUGUGAAAUAAGUGGGAAUGAGUUGCUUCAGAUGUUGCUGGGAAUCUGGCUGCUUCUGCAUUAUCCAAAUAAACAUUCUUUUUAAUAUAUUCUCAUUCUGAUGAUGUCCUGGUCAGCCAUAAGCUGUAUUAUUUUGGAGUAUAAGAAACUGUCAGAAACUAGCAACUGGCCUUGCUCCAACGAGCCCUUUGAAAACACAAGGAAAUCUACUUCUAACCAUAUUUGUAAAAAUAAAGUUUCUUGCUUUAUAGAGAAAGGUAACAUUACUACCCCUGCAUGUAUACAUCUUGUACAUGAAUGUGGCUUUCAGCCUUGAAAUAGGCUCAGAAGGGUAGCACUGGAGGAGUAUGUUCUAGGUAGCCUUGAGGCAUGGCCUGUAUAUAUUAUGCUUCAUUCUGACUUGCAGUUCUUACCCCAAAGGGUUAUGGAUUCCUUUGUCCCACCCCCGGGUUUGGUGGUUUUGUCUCCCUUUCCUGUACAACAGAAGAAGAACACUCAUAUAAAACUAUUUAUUCAUAAAUAUUUUCCAAAAUGAAAAUAGGCUUACGAAAAAAUAUCUUAACAGCGGCGUGGGCAGGAUGCUCCAGUUCAGGGGGCUGGUUGAGAAGAGAGAUCAGUCCCACCUCCCCCCAAAGUUUCCCCAAAUCUCUCCCUUUCCAAUUAGGAAUAAAUUGCAAGUCAUGGGGGGGGGGUGUCUUCCUGUGGGAGGAGCAGCAGAUUA